AUGGUGGGUUCCCUGGACUUCUCUCUGCCCAGAGAUCUCUUCUUGAUCCUGCUUCUCCAGGUGUCCAUAUGGGGCUCAGAUUCAUUCACGGUCCUUGCGCCCUCGGAGCCCAUUGUGGCCCUGCUGGGCGCAGACACGGCGCUGCCCUGCCGCGUAGCCCCGGCCAUGAGCGCUGAGGACAUGGAGCUGCGGUGGUUCCGCUCGCGGUUCGCAGAUGCCGUGUACGCGUAUGAGGACCGCGUGGAGCAGACGGAGCAGCAGCUGGUGGACUUCCGAGGGAGGGCCGAGCUGGUGAAAGAUCACAUCGCGGAGGGAAGAGUGGCUGUGAGAAUCCGCAGUGUUAGGGUCUCAGACAAUGGGAUGUACACGUGUUUUUUUAAAAAAGGAAAUGAUUUUGAAGAAGCGAUUUUGGAGCUGAAGGUGAUCGGUUUUGGGGGCCCUGUAUCAGAGCCCUUCUUCCCUAGGACCUCUCCUUGGAAAGUAGCAUUUGCUGUGACUUUCCUCAUACUUGGGAUUUUCAUCUGUGCUGUUGUAUUUUUGACCCGGAAAGAGCAACAGGAAAGGAAGAAAGUACAGGAAGCCCAGGAGGAAAAAGAAAAAGAAAGCCAAGCCAAAGAAUCAUUCAAGAAAGAGCUUGACAGAAGGAAGGAAUUAUAUAAUCAAGACUGGAGAAAAGCUGGGUUAUAUGCUGACUGGAGAAAGGAACAUUUCAAAGCGGUGGCUGUUACUCUGGAUCCAGACACAGCUCAUACCAAACUCAUCUUAUCUGAGGAUAGAACACAUGUUUCUUCAAAAGAAAAUGUUUCUCAGAACCAUGAUGGCCCCACACAGCAGGAUCAAGAGGCCAUCUUCAGUGUUCUGGGCCAGAAUUGCUUUACCACAGGGAGACAUUACUGGGAGGCAGAAGUAAAAGUGGGAACAGAAGGUGGACCUGGAACCAGAUGGGCGCUGGGUGUCUGCUCAGAUACAGUGAAGAGAGAGGGGUGGUUUGUAGAAAGUCCAGAAAAGAAUUUCUGGGUGGUGACAUACAAGGAAGGGGAAAUCUGGGUUCUCACUUCCCAGUCAGAGCUUCUGUCGCUGAGGCAGCGCCCUCACAGGAUAGGAGUGUUCCUGGACUGGGAGGGUGGGGAUGUGUCCUUUUACAACAUGGUUGAUGGAUCUCACAUCUAUUCCUUCACUAGAAUCCAAUUCUGUGGGACCCUCCGUCCUUACUUUAGCCUUCAGGGUCCUGGCACAUCUGUGGCCAUCUGCCCAGCUUCAGAUCACACUGAAAAUUGUCCUGAUUCUUCUCCAAAGACCUCUGUGACUCACUCAAGGAGUUCUGAUAUGGGCGUCCCCCAAGAAGCUAACUCUCUGUUACCUCCAUAA